AUGGACUCUCUCCUCCAGCACGUCUCCCGAGACGUCCCCUCCAUCUGGGCCGGCGACCCGACUCCUCCCCCUUACACAACCCCUUCCCUCACAGCCAACCUCAUCUGCCGCGUCCUCUUCAGCAUCCUCGCCAACCUCGUCUGCCUCGUGCCCCUGCGCCUCCUCUACCGCAACGGCGAGCUCGCCGCCGCCCUCUUCAUCCUCAACAUCGAGGUCCAGAACCUGCGCACCGUCGUCAACUCCCUCCUCUGGCGCAACGACGACCUGCAGUCCUGGUGGCCCGGCUACGGCCUGUGCGACAUCGACCCCUACGUGCACAACCUGUCCAUCGGCCUCUAUUCCACCUGCCUGCUGGCCAUCAUGCGCAACCUCGCCCUCCAGGUCGGCAACCUCAGGGCCAACCCGCUUACACGCAGGGAGAGGCGCCGUCGGAACCUGGUCCAGGCCCUCAUUGUCUUUCCGCAGCCGCUGCUGCAGGUUGCCUGGACGUAUCCUCUUACACAGCAGCGAUACUACAUUGGCACCUUGAUUGGCUGUUCCUGGCUGAACGCCCCUACCUGGCCAUUCAUUGUCUUUGUGAUUCUCCCGCCGGCACUCAUCUCUCUUGCAACGGCUGGCUAUGCAAUCCUCAUAUAUAUCCGCUUCCGCCAAGUCACAAAAACAACCCAGUCCGCCCUCUCCGGCAACCGCCUCGCCCAGUCCCGCAGCCAGCGCGCCCGCCGCCGCCUCUACCUCAUGGUCAUCUCCAUCCUCACCCCCUUCCUGCCCAUCGUCCUCGCCCUGGCCGUCCUCAACAUCAUCCUCGUCCACCCCCUGCAGCCCUUUGACUUCCACGCCAUCCACAACCACGGGCCCGGAGACAUCCCCUGGAACGCCGUCGUCUACUUGCCUAGCACCAACAUCUCGUGGGCGUACAUGAACAUCUGCUAUAUCCCAAUUGUCACCGCCGUUCCUAUCUUUGUCUUCUUUGGAAUGACAAAGGAUGCGAUGAACUGCUAUCGCGUUGUUCUUUUAUCUGUCGGCUUGGGGAAGUUGUUUCCGCGACUUCAUGAGGAGUAUAACCCGGAC